UCAUGUCUUGAACACAAGCCAGCCAAGACACAAGCUCUAGAACCCAGCCGCCAUUAUCGAUGCCUCGUGCUACUUCUAAAGCUCUCGCGUUGCUGAUCUUCCUCCUCUAUGUGGGCGUCCAUGUCGACGCUGCCACGACGACGCUGUCGCAAGGUCAGUCGCUGGUGGGCAACGCGACCCUCUAUUCGUCCAACGGCGCAUUCCUCCUCUCUUUCUUCACGCCUCGAGGCGGCGACGGGUCGCGGAUGUACCUCGGGGUCCAGUACGCCAAAGCCGUCGAGCAGACGGUGCAGUGGGUGGCCAACCGCGACGCGCCGGUGAGCGCGGCGGCGUUGUCAUACUCCGCCACCCUGACGGAAUCCGGCGAGUUCCAGGUGCUAGAGGGGCAGCGCGUCGUGUGGCGGACGAGAACUUCCUCGUCGGCGGGGAACUUUACGCUCACCAUCGAGGACAACGGGAACCUCGUGCUGAAUGGCGGCAGCGACGCGCAGGCGGUACAGCUGUGGCGGAGCUUCGACCACCCGACCGACACCUUCGUCCCCGGGAUGAGCAUCACGCUGGAGCGGCAGAACGACUCCGUCGUCGGGCAGACGCUGUUCAAGUCGUGGAGGAGCCCCGACGACCCGGCCCCCGGCAACUUCACGCUCGGGCAGGACCCGCUCGGGUCGGCGCAGCUCUACAUAUGGCGCAGCGGGCAGGACGGCGGCGAGAACACCACGUUCUGGAGGUCCGGGCAAUGGGCGAACAACAACUUCGUGGGCAUCCCGUGGCGGGCGCUGAACCUGUACGGGUUCCAGCUCUCCGGCGACCCGUCCAAGAGCAACGGCGUCAUGUCCUACACCUUCAACACCUUCAACUCCUCGCUCUACAGGUUCGUGCUCCAGCCCAACGGCACCGAGACCUCCUUCAUGCUCCUCGACGCCACAGGCGACUGGGAGGUGGUCUGGUCGCAGCCCAGCAUCCCGUGCCACGACUACAACGUAUGCGGCCAGAACGCCCAGUGCUCCUCCGGCGAUCAUGGCCAGGCCGUCUGCACCUGCCUCAAAGGUUUUGAGCAGAAAUCCGAAGGGGUGGGGUGCGUGAGGAGCGCCCAGCUGACGUGCAGCGAGAGGAAUGUCAGCAUGAGCAGCGGCGACGACUUCGCCGAGCUCUCCGGCGUGAAGCUGCCCAACUACGCCGCGUGGGAAUGGACGGUGAGCAGCGCCGACUCGUGCCGGCAGUGGUGCUUGGACAACUGCACGUGCGACGCGUACAGCUACAGCAGCGGCACCGGGUGCUUGAUCUGGAGCCAGGAGCUGGUGGACAUCUACCGGUUCCCCACCGGCCCUGGACCUGGAGAAGGGUAUGACCUCUACAUCAAGGUCCCUGCUUCUCUAUUAGAUUCAGGCUCCAAACGGAGGCGAUGGACGAAGGUUAUUGUUAGCGUAGUGAUCGUCGUGGCAUUUGUACUGGCAGCGUGCGGCUUCCUUCUAUGGAAAUGCAGCAGAAGAAUCAGAGACAAAUUUGGUGUUGGCGGCGGUAAAAGGAAGACGGGAGCCUCGUUGAUGCUGCAUUCUGGCAGGGAAGCCAAGAAGGAAUUCUCAGGGCCUAGUCAGCCAGACCACGAGGAUGCGGAGAACAGCGAGCUGCCGCUGUUCGCCCUGGAGACCUUGGCGGUGGCCACCGGCGGCUUCAGUGAGUCCAACAAGCUCGGGGAGGGAGGGUUCGGCCUUGUCUACAAGGGGACGCUUCCCGGCGGCGAGGAGGUGGCGGUGAAGAGGCUGUCGAAGACCUCCGGGCAGGGGUGCGAGGAGUUCAAGAACGAGGUCAUACUCAUCUCCAAGCUGCAGCACCGCAACCUGGUCAGGAUCCUGGGGUGCUGCAUCCAGGGGGACGAGAAGAUGCUGGUGUACGAGUACAUGCCCAACAAGAGCCUCGAUGCCAUCCUCUUCGACCCGGCUAGGCGAGGGCUCCUGGACUGGAAGACAAGGCUGCACAUCAUCGAAGGGAUCGCGCGGGGGCUCCUGUACCUCCACCGGGACUCCAGGCUUCGCGUCGUGCACCGCGACCUCAAGGCCAGCAACAUCCUCCUGGACCGUGACAUGAACCCCAAGAUUUCCGACUUCGGCAUGGCCAGGAUCUUCGGCGGUGACCAGAACCAAGAGAACACCAACCGUGUCGUCGGCACGCUAGGCUACAUGUCACCGGAGUACGCGAUGGAGGGCCUCUUCUCGGUGAGGUCCGACAUGUACAGCUUCGGCAUCCUCAUCCUCGAGAUCAUUACCGGCCAGAAGAACAGCAGCUUCCACCACAUGGAGGGCUCGCUCAACAUCGUAGGCUACGCGUGGCAGAUGUGGAACGCGGACAAGGGGGAGCAGCUAAUCGACCCGUCGAUCCGGGCGUCCAGCUCGGCGUCGGCGUCCCGCGAGGCGCUCAGGUGCAUCCACAUGGCGCUGCUGUGCGUGCAGGACCACGCCGGAGACCGGCCGGACAUCCCCUACGUGGUGCUGGCGCUGGGAAGCGACAGCUCCCUGCUGCCAAUGCCCAGGCCGCCCACCUUCACCUUGCAGUGCACAUCGUCGGACAGGGACACGUUCAGGGAGAGGGGCGACGAGUCCUACUCCGCCAGCGAUCUCACUGUCACAAUGCUUCAAGGGAGGUAGCUACACUAGACACGGAUGCCAUGCGAUUGGGUGAUUUAGCUUCUUGUAGAGAUCAUUUCCCCUUGCUCUGUACAUGCCGCAAUUUUUGUAACUAUGUGUUCAUUUGUAGGCUAAAAAGUUAACACCGAGAGUGUACAUAUACCAGGGUUAUGUUGUCAAGCCCAACACUCUGCCUAAGUUCAGAUGUAUACGCUUACGACCAGCUACAAACAGAGAGCCAACUACAUCCCAAAAGCCCGGAUUGAAGUGAGGAGGGAAACUCUCCGUUAUAAGCUGGUCGUAACCUCUUUAAGUGAGGUGGAACUAAACACAUAGCAGUCUCACCGGACUAUAGCAGCCCUAACAAAUGUAGU